UGGCAAACUAAGCGGGCAGCAUGUAUGACCGGGCUCCUCGCGCUUUGGCUACGCCUUUAGGCUGCACCAGCUCCCUCCUGGGGCCGGGCGCUUAUGAGGUGCUGCAUCCCAAGACCAUACAGUACAGAGUGGGGUACGCUCCAUUUCUUUCUCUGACUCGUCGAGGCUUCGAGAGCAUUUCUCAGAGUGCUGAGAAUGAUGUUCCCGGGCCAGGACACUAUGAUGUUGCCAAAGAACAGAAAAUUGUUAGAGGUGGUCAAAGCCUCCAAUACAAAGAGAAACGUUUCAAAGAGAUCCACACUGAUGCUCCAGGUCCUGGAGCCUAUUUCCAAGUUGCUCCAGUGGGUGUGGAAAUCCAAAGUAAGAUGAAACAGCCAUCUAAAGUACCUGAGGUUCAGAAAGUUGCCAGCAACCUGAAACUGUUCCGAAAGACAGAUGCUCCCUCUAUUCCAUACCGAGGGCAGACAUUUGGUUAUGAAGAGAGUGAGGAUGGUACUCUUGUCAAGCAUAAGCCCCCUGAGAAAGACAAUACUUUGGGUCCAGCAUACUAUCAGGAAGACCCAAAUGAUCCCUGUGUUACCAUCAAAUAUAAAGGAGCUCAUUUUGGCAGUCUGACAGCAAAGAGACAUGAAUUUAAACCACGUGAGGGCCCUGGACCUGCAGACUAUGAUGUAAACCAGGAAAGUGCUGUGUAUUAUGAGAAUAUCAACAUCAAGAAGGAAGGUCUGAAAAUAUAUGACCUCUGCAUUCCACGGUAUCAUGAAAUAAUGGUAUUACAGUCAGAAAAGAAGGGUAUUCCAGGUCCUGGACAAUAUGAUAUAAAAAGUCAGUUUCAAAAGGCAGAGGGCACAUCACAAGAUAGACAUGAAGUUGCUCCCUUUCUUUCAAUUACUGAGAGAUUUACAUCUGUGAAAUCAUCCACCCCAGCUCCUGGCACAUAUAAUGAGACACGUUCCGCUCUUGAGUCCUUGAAGAAAGCAACUAAAAAUAUCCCAUUUGGUCAUACUUCUGUUCGAUUUACUGAAGAUUACAGGCUGAGAAAAACACCAGGUCCUGCAUUCUAUAAUAUCCUCAAUUUCAGCAUAUCCAGAGAAUGCCAUAAAAAAGCUGCUUUGGGGAAAAAGAAGAACGAUGCAUUUGGUUCUUCAGUUCCUCGGCUCCUAUAUUUAGUGAAGAGAGAAGCUUUUACUACUCCUGGACCUGCUGAUUACCAGUUCAAAGAGGCUACCGGAGAAUCUCGGAAAAAAACAAAGCAGUUGGCUGUUUUUGUAUCAGCAACAAAGAGAAUUCCAGUCAUUAGCACGGAAGCUCCUCCCCCUGGCUCGUACGAGGUUCAAAAAUCGUUUGCAAAAUCACAAGGCAAACGCGAGUACAUGACUCCUCGAACUGCAGCGGCUAAAAGAAAGCAUGCUUCUUUUCUCAGUGGAACACCUAGACUAGAUUUGCCUAAGGGCAAGAUACCAGGACCAGGGGCUUAUAAUCCAGUUUCGAAGUCAACUUCCUGUCUUUCCUUAUGGGUUUCUCGGGAAGAACGUUUCAAAGAGGCAAGGGAUGAUAUUCCCGGCCCUGGAGCAUAUCAGCUAAGUCCACUCUUUAGAGAUACAGUCCUGAAGAGAACGUACAACUCCACGUUGAAUAACCCUGUUGUGAUUCAAGUAGAGGACAGUUACAAAUCUCAAAUAGACAGGGAAGAUAUUUUUUCCUGUAUGUCUAAGGAAAUUCUCUCCAAAAACAUGGAAAAAUGAUGCCGUGCCUGAUAUGUAAUGAUGAGCGAGUCCUGCUGAAUGCUGUCUUAAGAAGAAAGGACUACAGAUUGAUGAGGUCCUCCAUCAACUAUUCAAAUUAGCAUUGUGAUUCAUAACCUUAAAAUACAUGAAUAUUGUGAUUCUCUGAGAUGCAACUUUGUUAUUUCUGAAUUUCUCUUUCUACUGUUGUUUAGCUCUUUCAUUGUUUUCUUGUAGUUUACUGAUAUUUCUAUUUGAAUAUCUGCAAUAGGUAAUGGCUAGAUUUUCACCACCUCUUUUUCAUCCUUUGCAAAAUAAUGCAACUUGUUCGGCAAAUAGAAGUCAUAAAUUUUGGAUAAUAUAUUAAAACUAGAAUAUUCUCAUAAUAUGUGUGAAAAGAAAUCCUUUAUUAAAAAACCUGAACACCCAGCCAAAGGUAAAAAAAAAGUAGUUUUCAUGAUAACAUUUGUAGGUAACUAAAAAGGUAAACAAAGCAGUUUUCACAAUACCAUUUGUGGGUAACUCUAAAUUCAUAUUGAUUGCACAAAUAGCCACAAGAACCCAAACAGCCACAUGAGACUAUUUGCUAUAAUCUUGUCUGUAAAACGUCUUUCCAUUGCCAUAUCUGGGCUUCCUGGGUUCCCAUUUUGGUCUACUUGGUUAGAGGUCUGAAAACAUCUUUUUAAAUUCAUCAAAGAUUUCAGCCAGAGGUUCCUCAUUGGCGGAAGAAGAUAUGAAAAACAUAUGUCUAAUAUAUAUCUCGAAUUUAAAUCAAGAGCUUAAGGAAAUGGAAGAAGAUUUCUGAUAUUUCUGCAUAGCUGAAAUCAUAUUAACAUACCUAGAUAUACCCGCAUGAUGUAUGAAUCUGACUACAAUUACGGCAUUAGUUACUUUUGUCUGCCAACACUGACUCUUAUAAUUUCUUAUAAACUGUUAGUUAGUAAUCCAUAGUGAUCUUGGAUACCACAGGGAUUCUCCUUUGCUGUUUAUUUCAAAUAUACUAAAAGUCUGUGGGUCUCCUAAAACAGUGGUUCCCAACCUGUGAUACCCCCAGGGGUAUGCAAAAGUAUGUGAUGGGUUUGCUAAUAUGGAGGUAAUGGGUAAUUUUAGGGUAAUGGGUUGCCAAGGGGUUUGUGAGUGAAAAAAGUUGGGGACCACUGUCCUAGAACAUCAGACUAGAUGAAUUUAUAACAAUUAAAACCAAACCAUUGUGUUAAAAAACACUCUCCAGUCUAACUUCAGAGAUUAAGAAUGGAGAGAAUAACUUUUAAUCAGAGUAGAUAUUAUUAGACUGGAUGGACCAAUGGCUUGUUUCUGUAGAAGGUAGUUUUAUAUGUUUUAUAUGUAUUAGUUUGUUGAACUCUCCCUUGUUGAUUUCAUCCCACACUUAAUCAUGUCCAAGUGAUUAUAUAAAUCCUCCCAUUGCUAGGAAGUAGUGGAAGUAUUUUUACAGGGCAAAUGGAAACUGAUUUAGAUAUGUAUGAAGGAAUCAAUUUAGCCUCCUUAGAGGUGUCUGCCAAGGGCAAUAGACUGAAAGAUGGGACGGCAUAGAACCAGCACUAAAACCUUCUGACUACUAACUGGCAUCACAAAUCUGGCCUACAAAUUCACCUGCAUUCACAGUCUCACUCCCACUCUGCUUCUUUCCUGUUUCACAUUUGACUCUCGACAGAAGUAACAUAGUGAUAGAAGCUCUGAGAACCGUUUAUAACAACAUGGUUGCAUGGCUUCAGUGUUCCUGGGGGACUGGACGUUUCUCUUGCUUGAUUUAAUGAUGACUGAAAGACUAAUAUUGAAACAGGUUGUUGAUGGACACCAGAACUAAGAAAAUUAAAGAAGAUCUUGAAACCUGGAACCA